GCGCGGUGGCUCCGCGCGGGGAUGCGCGCGCGCGCCUGCCUCGCCUCCCUCGCCCGCUCCGGUAGCUACGUGGUUUCUUUGUCAAUGAGGCGCCGCUCUGAGCUGCAGUAACACUCUCGGCCCGGGAGCCGGGGCCGGAGCUGGAACCCAAGCCGGAGCCAGCGCGGGGAGCGGGGCGGAGAGGCAGCAGCCGGCGGCGGGAGGGAGGGUCCCGAGCGCGCCCCGCGGCCGCCAGUGCCCGCUCCUCGCAGCCUCGCCCCCUCAUCCCGCGGGAGCCGGCCCCGGGGGUGGGGGCCCCGGGCGGCGCCCGUCCCACCCUCGCAACCCCGGCGCGCCGGCGCGGGGCGACAGGCACCGUGGGAACCCCGGCCGGCUCCCGCCGCGGCUCCAUGAGGCCCCGGGCCCUGAGCGGGUGAAGCCGCGGCUCCGCGGAGCCCGCCCCGGGCGCGGCAGGACGAGCGAGCAAGUCGCGCCUCCCGGCGCCCCCGCCCUCCGGCGCCCGGGCCAUGGCCGGAGAUGCCCGGUGAGGACCGGGGCGCCGAAGGCUGGGCUCCCCGGCGCGGUGCGGAGCGAGGCAGCGGCCUGGAUGUGUGAAGCGUCCCCAUGGCUCGGCAGGAGGCGAAGCCCCAGGGCCGCAGGGAAGCUGGGCAGGCGGCGCGGAGGCGCAGGGGCCGGGCGGGCGGGGGAGCCGCCGGCGGCCGGGGCGUGAGGGGCUCCGGGCCGGCGCCCGGGCUCCGGGCCGCCGCGUCCCAGGAUGCGCCGCCGCCGCCGUCGCCGCCGCCGCUGCCGCCGCUGCUGCUGGGACUCCUGCUGCUGGCGGCCCUCCCCGAGCACUGCCUGGCCGACCCGGGAACAGACAAUCUGCAGAUAACAGUCAGCCCAACCUCGGAGUCAUUUCCUCAUGGGAAAUUGUUACCGAUUUCACCAACAUGGCCUUUCUCAGAAGUCCCGUCUUCCUCGGCAGUGGCCAGAAUCAAGAAUGUGCUGGCACCCUCCCCUGACAACACUAGCGUGCUGCAGUUUGCCCGAACGCCUCUGCCCAAGACACACCGCAGAGCCAGGGCUCACGGGGACUUCUCUUCUUCCCUUUACCAAGGAAGUGGACAUAGCGCCUCCCUUGAGCCUUCCAAGGAUUCCACCGAGUCUCUCGUCCCACCAAGACCUCAAGGGGGAAAAGACACAGCCUCCGUGUCAGACCCCUCGGUGUCGUCCAAGGCGGAACCAACAGCAGCAUCAGCAGCUAUGUUGUUACUGGGGAAAUCAAGUCCACCGGCGCUGUCUGCAGCCCUGGUUGCCAAGGGCACUGGCAGCAGGGCUUCGGCCAUGGCCUCGGGAUUAGUCAAGAGCAGUUGGACCACUGCCCUAGCUAAAAAUGUCACAAACAACGCAGCACCUGGCCCAAGGACGACACCGGGGGCAGUGCCUCCGGCCUUCUCAUUCACACCAACCUACAUGUUUUCAAGAACGGCACACACCGGGAGUGCUCACACAGCCAUGCAAGGGACCACGGGCGCCGCCUCUGGCCUGUUGUCCACAACACACCUCCCCAGGAAACCACAAGCCAUGCACACAGGCCUCCCAAACCCCACCAACCCAGACAUGCUGAAGGCAUCCACCACACGCCCACUGACAAUCACAGCAGCCUUGACAUCCGUUACUGCCCCAGUAAGGGCCACCCGGUUGCCACCUUUGCCAGCAGAAAAUAUAGAUGCUGCGUCGACUGCCAUGGUCACAACCGGCAAAAUGGCAUCCAACCUGGAGUGUCAAAUGUCCAGUAAGCUCCUGGUGAAGACAGUUCUCUUUCUGACCCAGAGGAGAGUGCAGAUCAGUGAAACCUUGAGGUUCAAUGUAGCCAAAGGGCUCACGCAGGCAUUGCGGAAGGCUUUCCACCAGAAUGACGUCUCGGCUCACGUGGACAUUCUGGAACAUUCUCAUAACGUCACAGUUGGUUAUUAUGCUACCAAAGGGAGACUGGUAUACUUGCCUGCCGUAGUGAUUGAAAUGCUGGGUGUUUAUGGGGUCAGCAACGUCACUGCAGAUCUGAAGCAACAUACCCCAAGCUUACAGUCAGUGGCAGUACUUGCCUCCCCGUGGAAUCCCCAGCCUGCAGGCUACUUCCAGCUGAGAACAGUGCUGCAGUUUGUGAGCCAGUCUGACAACAUCCAGUCCUGCAAGUUUGCUCAGACGAUGGAACAGAGACUGCAGAAGGCCUUUCAGGAUGCAGAGAGGAAAGUCCUGAAUACCAAGAGCAAUCUGACAAUUCAGAUUGUGAGCACAUCCAAUGCCUCCCAGACAGUCACCUUGGUGUACGUGGUGGGCAAUCGGAGCUCCUUCCUCAACGGCACAGUCGCCAGCAGCCUCCUCCGCCAGCUCUCAGCUGAGCUGGUUGGGUUCUACCUCACCUACCCGCCGCUCACCAUUGCUGAACCACUGGAAUAUCCCAACCUUGAUAUAUCGGAAACAACCAGAGACUAUUGGGUAAUAACAGUGCUACAGGGCGUGGACAAUUCGCUGGUGGGCCUGCACAACCAGAGCUUCGCCCGGGUCAUGGAGCAGCGCCUGGCCCAGCUAUUCAUGAUGUCCCAGCAGCAAGGCCGACGGUUUAAACGGGCCACUACCUUGGGAAGCUACACCGUGCAGAUGGUAAAGAUGCAACGGGUGCCGGGACCCAAGGACCCGGCGGAGCUGACUUACUACACCCUGUACAACGGGAAGCCAUUGCUGGGGACCGCAGCUGCCAAGAUCCUGAGCACCAUUGACUCCCAAAGGAUGGCCUUGACCCUGCAUCAUGUUGUCCUUCUGCAAGCUGACCCCGUGGUGAAGAAUCCACCCAACAACCUGUGGAUCAUCGCGGCAGUGCUAGCACCCAUUGCUGUGGUCACGGUCAUCAUCAUCAUCAUCACUGCUGUGCUUUGCCGGAAGAACAAGAACGACUUCAAGCCGGACACCAUGAUGAACCUGCCUCAGAGAGCAAAGCCUGUGCAAGGCUUUGACUAUGCCAAGCAGCACCUGGGCCAGCAAGGGGCGGAUGAGGAGGUUGUCCCUGUGACUCAGGAAACGGUGGUCCUACCGCUCCCUGUUAGAGAUGCUCCUGCCUCUCAGGAAAGAGACAUCGCCCAGGACGGAAGCACCAUCAAGACGGCCAAGUCCACCGAAACCAGAAAGAGCAGGUCACCCAGUGAGAAUGGCUCUGUCAUCAGCAAGGAAUCAGGGAAGCCCAGCUCAGGGAGGCGCUCGCCCCAGAAUGUAAUGGCACAGCAGAAAGUGACAAAGGAGGAGGCACGGAAGAGAAAUGUGCCUGCGAGUGACGAAGAGGAAGGAGCGGUGCUUUUUGACAACUCUGGCAAGGCGGCUGCUGAUCCCUUUGACACAUCUUCUGGAUCUGUGCAGCUCAUCGCGAUAAAACCCACAGCCCUCCCCGUGGUGCAUCCCACAUCGGACCGGAGCCAGGAGUCAGCAGUCCUCAACGGUGAGGUAAACAAAGCCCUGAAGCAGAAGUCAGACAUCGAGCAUUAUCGGAACAAGCUACGCCUCAAAGCCAAGAGGAAGGGAUAUUACGACUUUCCACCGGUGGAGACAAACAAGGCUCAGACAGAAAGAAAAAAGAUGUAUGAGAAAACCCCAAAGGAAAUCGAGCACGUUUUGGAUCCAGACCCAGAACUGUGUGCUCCAUUCGCUGAGUCUAAAAACAGGCAACAGAUGAAGAACUCUGUCUACCGAAGCCGGCAGUCUCUGAAUAGCCCGAGUCCUGGGGAAACGGAGAUGGACCUUCUGGUGACUCGGGAGCGACCCCGGCGUGGAAUCCGUAACAGCGGAUACGAUACUGAGCCUGAGAUCAUAGAGGAAACCAACAUCGACAGAGUGAAUGAGCCCCGGGGCUAUGCCCGAUCAAGGCAGAUGAAAGGUCACUCGGAGACCUCCACACUGAGCUCCCAGCCCUCCAUCGAUGAGGUCAGGCAGCAGAUGCACAUGCUACUGGAGGAGGCCUUCAGCCUGGCAUCUGCAGGCCACGCGGGCCAGAGCCGGCACCAGGAGGCUUACGGCUCAGCACAGCACCUGCCCUACUCGGAGGUUGUGACCAGUGCUCCAGGGACCAUGACGCGGCCCAGGGCAGGGGUGCAGUGGGUACCCACCUAUCGCCCAGAAAUGUACCAGUACAGUCUGCCUCGACCGGCAUACAGGUUUUCCCAGCUUCCUGAAAUGGUCAUGGGCUCUCCCCCUCCACCUGUACCUCCCCGGACUGGCCCUGUGGCUGUUGCUUCUCUCAGGCGGUCCACCUCGGACGUGGGCAGCAAGACCAGGAUGGCCGAGUCCGCAGGGCCCGAACCGGCCCAGCUGCACGACAGCCCCUCCUUCGCGCAGGUGUCCAGAGGCCCCGUGUCCGUGGCGCAGUUGGACCAGUCGGCUUUAAAUUACUCAGGUAAUACGGUGCCGGCAGUGUUCGCCAUCCCAGCUGCCAACAGACCUGGCUUCACCGGCUAUUUCAUCCCAACGCCUCCCUCGUCCUACAGAAACCAGGCCUGGAUGUCCUAUGCAGGAGAGAAUGAGCUCCCAAGCCAGUGGGCCGAUUCGGUCCCCCUCCCAGGGUACAUCGAGGCUUACCCCCGGUCACGUUAUCAGCAAAACUCUCCCUCCAGGCUCCCUCGCCAGUACAGCCAGCCAGCAGGCAUGCACCCCAGCCUGGAGCAGGCCCCGGUGCCAUCCGCGGCAGCCUCGCAGCAGAGCCUCACCGAGAACGACCCGUCUGACACGCCCCUGACCAACAUCUCCACGGCGGCCCUCGUGAAGGCCAUCCGGGAAGAGGUGGCCAAGCUGGCCAAGAAACAGACAGACAUGUUUGAGUUCCAGGUCUAACACCUUAGCCCCGUGGGACUUCCAGACUCUGAGGAAGCCGUCUUCUGCUUUCUCAGCCUAACGUGUUGGGACUUGAGGCAUAGACCAUGUGUGAGUCUUUCUCACCCUCAGUCUCUGAACAGGUGAACAGUGGGGCUUCUGGGCAACAGAGGAGACUCUUGAACAACUUGAUUCUUGGCUUAUUCAACUGAUUGUAUGUCAAGAAGUCCCUGUGUGGGACCAUAUGUUUGAUAAUCUGUGAAGUUAAAUGUUUGAACUGUGGGUGUAUUUCCCUUUGGAGCCUUAGUCACAAGAGACACUAACUAAUCUGCAGAUCCCUAUCCAAUGCCACAUUUUAAUAAAUCACCAGAAGGGGGAGAACAUUGCUCUGUCUUCGGUGAGUUCUGCAUGUUAACUCUGUUUCUGUGUUAAAGGCAAUGCAGGCAUCUGAUUAAGCACCAGACUGUACUCUCUCUCAUUCAGCCAUGACUGUAAUUGUUAAAAUCACCUCCGGUCUGUAAAGGAGGCACUGACUCCAGCCAAGAAACUUCAGUCCUUUUCUUUCAAAGGUUCAUAUUCAGAUGAAGUCGAUCAAAAUCAGGAUUGUCGAUGACUGUACCUAUAAAUAGUCCUGACUCUUUUGUCCUUCCAUUAACUAAACAAAGGCUGAGAAAGAGAGCAGAUGAGAGGGAAUGGCGGAUUCGUGUUGACAAGUUUCUGAAGAGGUGUUGUUGUUUUGGAACUUGAGCACCCCGCACAUUGGGAUCUCACUGAAAGAGAAUUGGUGCUAAGAGCUUUUAAGAUCCUACAAAAGAAAAACAGUCAUUUGUGGAGGUUUUUCUUUGCCUUGCAAUGAAGGUGGCCUGAGAACAAGCUUCUCUCUUUUUUGAGAUAAUGGAUACAUGGACUUUGACAGGAAAACCUCUGUCUCUUCAACAGCGAUGUCCAGCAUGUGCUGCUGAGCGAUACAGAAGGAAGUAGCAAUUGAUGCCUGUUUGAAGCAGAAAGAGUGGACUCCUCGGUCUCCCCAGGCUGCAGCCUCUGUUUAUAGGAGCUUCUGAAUGUAGAAAAUCUGUUGACUUACAUUUAAAUGUAAAUAACAUUUUUUUUAAGUGUAUGGAGUUUGCCAGUUCCCUCCCUCCACGCCCCUGUAGUUAAUGGAUGCAGGAGGACAUUUGCUGAAAGGACAGGGCUGCUGACCUUGUGACCGCGAUGUGGUAAAUGACAUUCCCUGGCAUGGUGAGUCAGCUUCUAGAGCUUUGGGUGGACACUGCCUCACAGCCCUGAGGCACCAGCUGCUGACUGUCAGUGCAAAAGUAAAACUUCAGGUAGCCCAGGAGAGGGAACACUCUGGUUCCCUCACCAACUCUGCUGGGGCUUACCUGGUGUCUGUUGGAGAACAAGGUCCUGUCCUGCCUUCACCCAUGACCCAUCUAGCUUCAGCUGUGUCCAUGCCUUCUUGAGCCCAUCUUUCCAUUUCCCUCAUGAGUUUCUUUGGUCUUUACUGAGAGAAGGUAGAAAUUUAAAAGUUGAGAGAAGAGUAGGAGUGGAACUGAUUAGAAUGGGAGAUUCAAACUGUCAAAGCACAGACUUUUCAAAGAAGCUGUUUUUAUUUCCCAAUGGCAAAUUGCCCUUUCUGGAAAGUUCCGGAGAUGAUGUGUCAUGGUAUCCCCAGACAAGUCUCUUGUUCAGAUGAUAUUAGGUAGUGUCCUUUUGGUAUGCUGGUUGAUCUUUCAUAGUGUUAGUUUUUUGUUACUUAAAAAAAAAAAUCAGCUAUAAAUAAAAUGUAUUUUUGUAAUUUCCAUGUGUAUAUAUGGUAUAUUUCUACCAAUGGCCAGUUGUUGUAGUCCAAAACCUAAAUCAGCUUGCAAAACACUGUGGAUGGUGCAAGAUUUUAUUGACAGAUUAACACAAUGCCUAAGUCUAUCCAAAUAGGUAUUCAAUGCACUUGAAUGAACAAAGAGCCAAAGAAACUCAGCCUUUCCAUGCAAAUGGUAUGAGUCUGAUAAAGUCAGCCACAUUGUCCCGCCUUAUCAAUAAUAUUAAUAUUUCAUCAGUGCAAUGAUAUCAACCCAGUACUUUGUCUACUUGGUAAAUGCCUGGAAAUCCUGUAUGUGACAAUGAAGUUUUUAAGACCUUAGUGUAAUUAAAGUAUAUGCUUCAAAGACAAUGUCUGAGCUUUGGAUGUUCCAGUGACUUACAGAGAAUGAGCCUACAGUCUGCAGUGGUGUGGCCCCAGCUUGCUAAGAGGUUGGAGAAACAAAUCAUUGCAGUCUUUGCAGAACCCCAUGAAAUAUUGAGUUCAUCAACUGAGACGACUAAAAAUAUAGCGUGCUAAAUCAGACACUCUGAUAAACUAGACACCACAGGUUUAAGAAAAGUAUAUGGAAGGAAAACCUUAAGUUGAAAAGAAAUCAAUCUGUUCAUGUUUUUUUCCACCAAUGGGGAGACAGCUGCCAUUGCUAGAUUUUCUGUGAUUAAUAUGUGGUCCCUUCUCUGAAGAGUCUCCUGGUGUCAUGGAGGGGACAGACGCCUGGACAGCUGCCUCUGAGGAAAGGCAGAAGUGCCUCAUGGAGGCAAAAACAGAGUCCCGUGACAGCCCAGGGGCUCUAUGUUCCUCAUGACCCUCCAGACAGUUGGAGAAGCCACAGAGGACCUUGGCAAUCUCGGAGAAGGAAUCAGAAGUCCAGAAAAGUGGAGUGACCUCCUGGAGGAUUCCACCCCAAGCCUGCUGACUCAUGAUUCAACUUGCUUUCCAUUUCACCAUGCUGCCUGCACGCUUGUCUGUGAUGCGUUUCUUGAACUGUGCUAGGAAGUUUAAAAAGUAGACAAGGGUCAUGUGAGGGACGCCCUAUGUUCUUGUGAAGAAAAAAAAGAUGAUUGGAUAUGUAAAGGACUUCAGAUAAAGUGUAUAGAGGACGAUGCAUUUGUGGCAUAAUAAACACUUUUUGGAACUUG